AUGGGUGUAUCCACGGACCAAAAGUCCAAAGAGGUAUCCACCAACGGUGCCGAUGAGAAAACUACCGAGCGGCCGCCUUCGUAUAACCAGGUAGAUGAGGUUGCGCUCGCUCUGCCGAAGCUGAAUCUCGGAGACACCCCCUCUCUCCACCACGGCGUCUCUCCAGAUCAGUGUGUCGCGCAUCUUAAGUUCCUGGCCGUUUUGGCGGAUUUGCGAGACUCCGUCUCAAAUAACGAUGGCCUGUUUGGUCUCUUCGAUUCCGAGGCCGAAAGGUUCCCCUCUUCAUCCAACGAGGCUCACGCUCGUAUUCGCGAGAAGCGUUGGGCUGUGUAUACGGCGCGUGCAGUCGACCGGUAUACUCAGUGGUGGUUUAGCUGCCUGCCUAUGUCGCGGCCACACAUUACGAUGACUGAUCUGGAGAGUCGCGAAUACGAAUCUAUUGUCGACUCCUCCACGCAGGUCGUGUGGUCUGCGGAUAAUGUGCCCCCACUUGACAUUCUGAUGGUAUGGCACUCUCAUAUGCUGAACCCUCGAGACUUCCUCGAAGAUUGUAUCCGCUAUGGCCGAAUGAGCACCUGGAGGACAGGGUUCCCAUUCGAGGUAGUAAAUAAUUGCAUUGAUGACCGGACGCUGGAGUAUAAGACCCCCGAAUCAGGUCAGCAAAUUUUCGAACAACGAGUCAAGCUUAAGUGGGACAAUUUGCUCGAUCCCCCUGGCAAGGAAAUCGAAUGUCCCCGCUGCAAAAAGCCCAAGACUGUGCUGUGGACUGACGGAGGGAUUGGGGAAUCGCUGGAGGGAGCCUUCCAGGAGAAUACCGGUUAUGCCGAUGCCUCAUUUGCAGUGAAUUGCCAACAUUGUAAGGUUUGUAUUAAUCACGAGCGACUCAAGGUGGCCAAAUUCCGUCAAGACCUAGUCAACCUCGUGUCAUCGAACCAGCCUAUGCCAGGAUCGAUUUACAACCUUAAUGGCAUUCCCGAAAGCCCGAAAACUUCUCGGAAUCCGCUAGAGUGGAAUAAUAUGACUUUCCCGAAUCGACUACUGAGGGCCAUUGAUAGAGAUAUACUGGCAUUCACCGACAGCCGUCUGGACCGGUGCACCAGCAUCGAUGACCUCCGUUCCGAAAUGGAAAUCAAGCUUCGCGACAGAAAGGUUCUCACAGCGACACACGGCAGAUUCAGAGGUCUCCUCCGUGGCGAAAGAGUGCAUUUCCGACGGAUGAUGUCGCACUACUGGGACAACGUCGGCCCCUUCUCCCUCGACCUGGUUGGUGCCGUGAUUCGCCAAGGAACCUUCGUCCAGAAGAUGGACAACAUCGACUGGCUACACUCGCCAACCGUUAUGGAAACGAGCGAACGUCUCAUCAAAAAGUACAAGGUCUUCAUAGAAAUCAUGCUUCAGAAUCCAACGAAGAUGGCUGUCCCAACUCUGGAUGUUGAUCUGGCCUGGCACACCCACCAGCUCCAACCAAGAAACUACUACAACUACACCACCACGGCAACAUACCACGGACACCGCCAGUUCAUCGACCACGAUGACAAAGUCGACGAGAACAAACUUUCCGAGGGCUUCGAAUGGACUAGCAAGAUGUACCGCCGCGCAACCAACGGCGGCAUCUACAGCGAAUGCACCUGCUGGUACUGUGAAGCUACGCGCGCACCAGACCUAUACGGCCGCAUGUUCAGCAUCGGCUCGUCAUCUCGCGCCCGCGAUAACGCAGACUCCCUACACGAUCGCCCAGAUAUCUCCUCCGACCCGGAACGAAACCCGCAUAUCUCUGCCCACAACGCAGUCCGGCCGACUACCCGGGCCACCGAAGAUCCCCGCGUGGGCUAUCUGCAGAGGAUCCGCCUUCAUCAGAACUACGAGAAAGCUGUUCGCCGGGCUGAGAAACGCGGACGUGUCCGCGGUGAUGCCAAGACCACCAGGAAUGGCGGAUAUGAGCCGAUGUACUACGCGCCAUACGUCUGGGGUUACCCUAUGGUCGUCCCGUUCUACGGCCCGUAUAUGUGUGAUCCGGGAAUUAGCGGGGGCUCCUAUGCUUGCAAUCCAGCCUCUCUGGGGGUGUUGGAAAUUGCUGCUCUGGGACUUGUGGUGGAGGUGUGGCAGCUGGCUCUUGCGGUGGUAUGGGUUCUGUUGCUUGUGCUGGCGGGACGGGCGCAUCUUGUGGCGGAGGCGGAGGAGGCGGAGGCGGAGGAUGUGGAGGUGGAGGCGGAGGAUGUGGAGGAGGUGGAGGUGGAGUUUGUGGUGGUGGUGGUGGGGGCGGCGGUGGUUGCGGAGGUGGAGGUGGCGGUGGUUGCUGAUUUUCCAGUGAGCCGAGGAUUCUACCAGCGACGAGACAUUUCUUCUACACCUGUUGUCGUGGCUUAA